AUGACAGAGGUUAUGGUAGAUCAAGAAUUGUUGACAUGUCCAAUUUGCUCAGACAUAUUUAUAGAUGCAUGUGAUACUAGUUGUGGACAUACAUUUUGCGAGUUUUGUUUAAAUAGUUGUCUAGAGUCUCGUCCUGACAAAUGUCCAGUAUGCUCAAAAGAUCCAUCUCCCGUACAUCCAGCAUUCACUAUUCGAUCGAUAUGUGAGGUAUUACAACCUCAUAAAACUUCAGAGGAUGAUGGUAAAACAUUAGAAUCUGAAAAGGAAAUGGGAAACCAAAAAUACUAUCAAAACAAGUAUGCAGAUGCAAUUUCACAUUAUAACAAUGCGAUUGACAAGGUGACCAAUUCAUCCGACCCAAAGAAUUGUGUAUUGUUUAAUAAUCGUGCACAAUGUUACAUACAUUUACACCAAUACAAACGUGCAUUAUUGGAUUGUGAAGAAGCUAUUCGUUUAAAUGAUUCAAAUGUGAAAGCAUUUAUGAGAAAGGGAUUAUGUUUGAGACAAUUGGGAGUGUUUGAAGAGAGUAAAUCGGCAUAUCAAAAGGCAGCACAGUUGGAUACAUCCAAUCAAUGGACAGAACAAAUUAGAGAUGGUUUGAAUUCAUUACCAAUUUUCAACAAGGUAUCUUCUUCAGGCAACACAUCAAAUCAAUCUUCACAACAACCUCAACAACAACAACAACAACAACCAAAUCCAAACAAUUACCCAAGAAGCAAUAGUAUGCCUUCCAAUACUGCCAAUCCAUACCAACAAUUUUAUUAUCAACAAGGUCAACAACCAGGUCAACCACCACAAGGCCAACAAGGACAACAAUUUAAUAAUGCAAAUUACCCCAAUUUCAAUUCACAAUACGCUCGUUAUAGUACACAAAACUAUCCAGGUCACUAUACAGUUAGAUCCAAUCCACAACAAAAUGGAGGAUACCAACAAUAUUAUCAACAACACCAACAACAACAACCUCAACCACAACAACAAGCACCAGCUCAACCAGCUCAACCUCCAGCCACUUCAACCACUUCAACAACCUCAACCUCAAAUGUAAAUAAUAAUAAUAACAGUACUGGUACUACCAACCCUAAAAAUACUUCAACUACAUCUGAAAAGAAGAAAUCAGAUUGUAAACAACAAUAA